AGUGAACACAAAAAUAAAACAUUCAUUAAAAAGCUAAUUAAAAGAUAAAAUGGAGACGUCAAUUUGUGUCACACUGUUUAAGCUAAAACAUUCCUACAAUUUGUUUUAUUCUAUUUUUUGUCAUUAAAAGAUGAGUGAUGUGACCGGAAGCUGGAGGUCAAAGAAGGCAUCAGGCUUAUUCCCCUCCCUUCCAAACCAAAAUCAAUACAACCUAAUUAAAAAUAGACAAUGACCCAAUAAAGGUGCAUUUAAUUACAUUUGUGUUCACUGAACCAUUUAUUCAUUUGUUUAUUUAUUUUUGGAUCUCGGCUGUUUCAGACCUCCAUAACUGAGUCCAUAACUAAGUACAAUUAAACUGUUUUUUGUUUUUUGUUUUUUUUUUGACACGUCACCGGGUCAGAGGUCGUUGGCCCCCUUCAGCUCCACCUGUCCCACCUCCACAGCUCCCCGGAGCACGUGCGUAACGCCGCAUCCCCGGCGCUGUCCGCUGUGCUGAAAUGAAGCUCGAGGCUGACGGUGAAUGGGGCGAGCGUCUGACGUGCGCGCCUGUUGCUUGUGCUCGCAAGUUUUCCCGGCGUACUGGGAGAGCAUUACAUAAUUCACAAAAUCCCGAGUCGAGUUUCAUUAAUUAGGCUGGCUCACCCAACACGCGUCCCGCUCCACCUGGGUGCGCGCGGCGGUGAGGUAUAAACACCGUGCAGCGUCACUCACGGCCGAGCGUCCAUCCCCGCUACAACAUCCUGCUCACUGUGCGCGGCGCAAGCUCGCAUCCUGAUGUGGAGGUGAUGUGUGGGUUCUGUGUGUGUGUGUGUGUGUGUGUGUGUGUGUGUGUGUGUGUGGGGGGUUUCUUUUCGGACUGCUGCACAGCUGCUGCUUCUUUAAGAGCCACCGCCCGCCCCCUCUCCUGUAUUUUUAGCUGAGCCAGCCACUUCAUUUGCUGGAUAAGACGGACAGUUGUGUACCGUAUGAUCUCACUUAAUCGUUUUAAUAAAUCAGAUCGUCUACUGCGGAUUCGCCGUGGGCCCACAGCCAGCUGUUCCCUGGAUAUGUCGUACCGGGGAGACAUUUGUCCCGCCGCUGUCGGAUGCUGAAACGCGCAGUCAGCCUGUGGAUGCCUGAUGUCCAUUAUGAAACGCAAUGCUGCACUGGGUGCCGAGAAUUAGGCGCAGCGCUUUUGACACCCGAUGAAUUACGAGAAAUCCGCGUAGCUGCGAAUUGCUCCUUGACGGUCCAAGGUGGUCCAGCAUCUUUCUCCUCAGCCCACCUGCUUCCUGUCUUCUUUUGGAUUGUGGAUAACAAGAAGGCUUCAAGACGGAGGGGGUGGUGGAGCAUCGAGGAAAAAAUAGGGGCAAUAUGAGAGAGCGGGACUUCAUGCCCAAUAUGGAGCGGGGCAAACCUGCCACUUACACGGGGGACAAAAAGGCUAAGAUGGCUGCUAAGACUAACAAGAAGUGGGUGAGACUAGCCACUGUUUUUGCAUAUGUGUUGUCCGUGUCCUUAGCAGCCAUUAUCCUGGCAAUUUACUACAGCCUGAUCUGGAAGCCGACCAGCGCAUCCUCUUCCGCGGGGAAGCCUGGAGUGCCCGGUGAGGUCACCCCCGUCGCAAACAUCUCAACUAAUAUAUCCACGAGCAUCAACAAUGGCACGGAGUUGAACUCUACGCAGACAUCUCCCAACGAGACCGUGCAGGGCACAACCCUGCACAGUCGGGCGCUUCAGUGGGACGACAGAGCCGGGAGCGUGGCCGUGUCCCCGCGCGGUGCCGGAGCGGAGAUUGCGCACACGCAGCAGGAGGGAGGACUGUACGCGUCUACCCACGGUCACACAAGCGCGGAGGUAUCGGACACUUUGGGUCGGCAGGCGCGCUCGUCUCAACCCCGGGCGAGCCACUACACCCCGCCAGGCACCAUGGAGCCCGACGAGGACGAGGACGAGAGGGAGGCGCGCAGACGGGACGACGCGCCGGCGACCGGCGACCGCGCCGCCGGUCCUCCGACCCCCGCGACGAGCCUGAGAGGAGACUGAUCGGGCCUCGUCCCUCCAGCACCCCCCCGCCCCCCCUCACACACACACACACACACACACACUCACACACAUGGACUGACCCAACAUUGGAGUGUUUUACAGACUCAAAGCCGCAGGUCGGAUAACCCACAGGUCUUUAAAGUCAUUCUGCAGAGCCUCGCACGGAUGCUGAACUGCACAUAUUAACCAUCAUCUUGCUCUGAACCCCCCCAGUGGCUAUAAGGAAAAGAGGAGACCUCGCUUCUACAGUGAACACUGUUUCCCCUCCGACACCAACUAUGCUUUUUCCUUUCUUUCCUUUCCUUUUUUUUUUUUUUUUUUUUUGUUCUGUAUGCCUUAAAUCAAUGUGUGACUCCUUUUACCUCGGACAGCAUAAACCUGCCUGUAAGCGUGGACAACACUGGCAUAGAUAUUUUUGUGAAAUGAAUGGGACACAGGCCCAAGAGAUGCUUUUGGUUUUUGCAGGACACAGAUAUGUCUCAGAGGCAUACAGCGCUUAAUAUCACUGCCAUUCAUCGGCUGGUCUAAAAUCAAUACUGCAUUUGAUUGCAUUUUAACAUAGGCUGUUUUCUUGUCAUGGAUCAAACCUGGAUUCAGAGUAGAAGAACCUGCGUUAUUGAGUUAUGCUCAGGUAUGUGCAUAUAACCAUGUAAAUGUAUUGUGUAUUUGGUUAUGUACAUAUAGGGCAGGCAUACAUCUUUUUGGCCUAGAUGAACUUUUAGUGUAAUUAGAUUUUUAUUAAAGGUACAGUAUGUAUAAUAGGUAUAACUAUAUCACAAGGUACAAAUAAACAUCCUUAGAAAAUUGGUUUAUUUCUAUGGUUUUAUAGUAGAUCAGUGUGAGUCGAUCACUGACAUUAUCCUGUAUGUUACCGAUAUUUUAUCCAUUCCGAACCAGAACGGAUAUAUAUUCAAAUGAAUGUUAGGUUUUUUCCCUAACAUCUUACCUUUUGUCCUGCAAAACGAAAAGUCGGGUUGAAUUUACGUCAGCUGAGGCUAACAGAGGGAUGCAUAAUGUGCAAAUCCCAGAACGUGCAAAGAGUUUACAGUUUACGGUCAUUCUCGUGGUCUGAACAUUUAAUCACAUCUCAGCGGAAGGCCCUUUAAAGCACCUGAAUGUGCUGUCCAGUGUGUUAUCACAGCGACUAUCUGCUCCUCGUGGCGGACAGAGAGGCAUUCAUCUUCCUCGUCGUCUGCCACGGUUCAGUCUCUGCAGCCCUCACUGAAAUCUCUUCACACAGUCACAUGUGGAGAACCAUAAAGUGGAAUAAGACCAAACACCCCGUGCAGCAUGUGAGGGAGGCGUAUCGAUUUAAGAGCUCUGUUGUUGCACUGUACAAAACAGAGAGGAACACAUUACACAAUACCGCUUGGUGCUAUUUUUGAUCCAGCUCUCGCUGAAAGAAGGGCUGUUUGCCUGAAAGGUUUGGAUUCUAUGCCGGCGGUGACAAGCAUCAUUCACUAUCACACUGAAAAUAAAACCGCUUGGUCUACCAAUGCUGAGCAUCCCAACCCAAUCGGCAGAAUGCAUUCUGGCCGUGUAGGUUUCUGCAAACCGAGGAUAUGUUGAAUCCUUGCACUUGAUACAGUGCAACUUUAAGUAUUUUAUGUUGAGUUUUAAAAGUUAUGUUGUGACAAUGCUGUGCUCAUGGUAAGGGUUGGUUUGAGCAAAAAAAAAAAGACCUCUUGGUUAGGGAUAGGAAAGGAUCAUGUUUUGGCUUACCUGAGUGUGUCACAACAAAUAUGGAUGCAAACUGUCCCAAUGUCUCUCUGAAAACACCCCUCAUCAAAAACAACCAAUUUUGUUGUCACUAACACUGCUGGAAAAUGUCAUGACGUUACAUUUUUAAAAAUCCAGCGACUUCACUACGAACAUGGCUGAAAAUGUCCUGAUGACUCAUUAACAAUACCUUGUCUGGCACUGCUGUUGUCCUGACAUCUCGUCAUGAAUAUCAGGCUUUGUUGUUUCUAACAUGGCUGGAAAAUGUCCUGACGUCCCAUUCAGAGAAAAAUCCAGUGGUUUUGCAGCAAACAUGGCUGGAAAACAUCCCGUUGUUUCAUUAAAAAGACCUGGUUUUAGGCUUUUCUGACACCUCAUCAGAAUUACUGGUCUUUGUUAACCAUUAACACAGCUGGGAAAAGUCUUGACAUCUGGUUUUGCUUCAAACAUUGCUGCAAAUCGUCCCGGCGUAUCAUUAAAAUGGCAACGCUUUUGGCUGCAUGUUGUCCCUACGUGUCGUCAAGAAGCAUUCAGCAUUGUUACUCCUGCUGGCCUUGCCUUAAUCUAUCCAUGGUUUGCAGAAACAUUCAAUGCCAGUCUUUUUUUCUUUUUUUUUUGAGGGGGGGGGCCCUGAGCAUUUAGUGCCUCGGUACUGUUUCACUGUGAUCUAAGCGGUGCUGACGUGCACUGUUGUGGCAAUAUGACAGAUUUUCAGAACCAAAGGUGGUGAGCUAAACAGGAAGUCGAACUCAUCGGGGAAGACAGCACCAGGCGCAACCAUCCCCUGCUGUCACAACACAAGCCGUGUGUAGUGGAUAAAUGUGACACGCGGCGUGCGUAAUGACAGGCCUGUCAAUGCGGCUGUGGCCACUGUAUAUAGGACAGCCUUGACAGAUGUGUUUGCAGUGCCUCUUAUGGCUCCUCGUGAUAUAUGACAGGGGUGAUGACCGACCUAUUGAUGGAGGAGUUCAUCAGUGCUGACACUUAGCGCCGGAGGCCACGUCAGAGUCAGGACACGGCAUCUGACCCUGUGACUCUUGAACCCAGUGACCGAGGCAGAUGAUUGCAUUAUCUGAUGUGAAAUCAGUCACGUGUUGCAGCACAAUUCAGUACAGGAUUUGUUUGCCAGGCUUUGGCUCACAUGGUUUCUUAGAAAUGGGUAAGGUAAAGAACACACUGUAAUCAUAAAAUCAUGAAGAAAAUAUGAAAGCCAGUUGUCAUGGCUGCUUACCCUGCUCUUUUUGAUGACACAGCUGGUAUUAAAUGGUGGUAAUUGCUGCUGUUCUGCUCACUUUAAUGCCAGAUUUGUCAAAAGAGGCUAAGCAAAAUGUGCCAUCAUCCAGACAAAUCGAAAGUGGGACAAUGUAAGACACGCUCAGAUUUGUGCUGCUAAUAACGGAAAUGAAAAUGCAGAGGAGGCUAAGCAUGACAAUGCAUGAGGAUCCCAAUCAGAAGAAUAAGAUGCAGAGAAGUUCAAUUGCCUAAGAUUCUGCAAUUUACAUCCUUCUGUCUUCUUUGUCCUCAUUGAAGGACCCAGAAUCCAUGAAUAUGCAAACAUCUUUUCUUUCAAAUGCCUUAAAAGCUUUAUUUUUUCUUUGGAUCCACAUCACAUUGUAUUCACUCAAAGAUACAAGCCACCAAAAAACCCUUUUUUUAAUCAAGAUCCAUGCAUUACUCUGUGAGAAAUAAACAAAAAUGUUGGGCGGGACGCCUUAUCUCACAAUGCUAAAGAAUGUGAGAGGAAAUUCCUGGAUCCAUCCCUUCAUCCGGAUCUGCACCAAAAGAUAAGAGGGUCUAUUCUGGGCCCAUACCCCGACCAACCAACAAACAGAUACAGGCAAAAACAUUACUUCCAUGGCAGAAGUAAUAAACAAAAACAUACUUCUGAAUGGAGGGGGAUGAAGUUCUGUUUUUCAGAAACUACUUCUCCAUCAGAUUUGACAAACUACAACUGAGGGACCUUUGCAACAAAGCCGGAGGAAUCACGGGCCCUUUCAACAUCCCAUUCUUUGAGGCGAGGCGCCAUCUCAAAAGUUAUGAAAUAUUAACAUGAUGCAAUGAUUGCAGUGCAGGAGAACAAUAUGAAGGCAGCGAACAAUAGCUUUUCAAUUAACAGAAGGGCAAAAGUGCGGAGUUGUUUACGGUGAAACAAAAGUGUAGCUGUCUGUGUGUGUGUAUGCUAGGAAGGUGUUGUGUUGUCACCUUUCAGGGAGUUUGGUAUUAAUGUCGUCUCAAAACUUUGAAAAAACACACAGCGUUCAUUUUCCUCUCAUUGCUGGUUUGCAGUGCUGGACACGCAGGUCGUCAAUGGAUAGACAAUAACUGUGAAUAUCUAUGACAUAGGUGAUGAAGAUGUGCAUCAUACACAUAUUCAUAAGGACAUGUUAAAGACACACAGGGCAUGGUAUGGGUAUGGUAUUAUAUUCUGUGUAGAUCGAAAUGGGUCUAAAGUGGAAAACUACAUGACUUUGGGGCUAUACUGUGUAUCUGUGAGGUGUGACAUCAUGUCUGGCUUAUUAAGAAUUGUCGACUAAUUCAGCUUUUCUUUAGAACAUGAAGUGAAGUCACAAGCUAGCAGCAGUUAUGAUCGUUAAUAAUAAUAUACUCACUUUUAUGCUGCAAAAACCUAAAUCCCAAACAGGAAUAUUUCCGUUUACAUUCAUUUGCAUUGUCUACAAUGUCAAACCAGUGAUCAACAUCCAGGAUGUGAAAGAACACUGUCUGUCUGCUUAUUACAUUUUUGUACAUUUAUAAAUCCCCAACAUUACAGCUUUGUCUACACUAACAGGCAUUCGAAUGGGGUAAUUAAAUGACGCUAAAGAAAAAGACCGACCGCAGAUCAAUAUGUCAGACAGUACAGUGACACCUUGUCAGCCCUGCCUCCUGUCUCCUGGCUGGGGGGGGGCGCACACACACACACACACACACACUCCCCCCUCGAUCAGGGCAGCUGCUGAGGCAUGGCUGUUACAUCCUGAGCCAUGACAAGGCUGCGGGGAUGACGCACACGCUCAGUGGGGACCGCCAACCUGCCUGCGUGAGGCGCUGUCAGGGUCGAAGGGCCGGGCCAGACCUCGCAUCCACUUAACCUACAUCCAUCAGCUGUAAUGAAACACCUCCUCGAGAGUCAGCUGUGAAGAACAUUUUAGCAAUUCAGAUUUUAGCCGAUGCUAAAUGAGAGAAUUGAUAUUACUGUUAUAUCUGUCUGGUGAAGACAAGAUCACAGCUAGAGACCUGUUAGCUUAGCACAAAGAUGAGAGGCAAAGGAGAGUGUCUACCUCAGCUGUUCCUUGCGGCGUCUAAGUCCGCCUACCAUCACCUCUGAAGCUCACUUAUUAACACAGUAUAUCUUGGUUGUUCACUCUGUGUAACCUGACAUGUAAAAUCCACAGGUUGUGGUUUUUACUGGAGGUUAUGUGUUGGACUAAUUUUUGCCCGGAUGUGUUGACUUCCUGGAGGCUUAUUGUCAUGUUGUCGAGACACAUGUUGCUAGCGCUCAGUAAUGUAUCAUUAGCUCUAAGGGGCAAUUUGGAAGCCAGUUGAUCAUUGAGUCCCAUCAUCAGGUUGUUAAAUCCUGGCACUUGGUGUUUUUUGCAGCCCAACCUACAAACCUAAAGCGCUAUUGUGACUGUAGCUUCAAAUUUACCAGACAUGUAUGGGAAUUUGUUCAUCCAACACAUCUUGCACUUAAUUGUGUGA